GGGAAUGUACUCUGUCAACAAAGCAGACGCUUGGGUGGAAAAAUGAAAGUUCUGGCAUAUAUUAUUUUUGUUACGAUUUCUCUGUGUUUGCUAGGCUUUAUUUCUUACACCAUUCAAAAUGACAUUGAAGAUAGAAAAGGCAAUUAUAUUCCAUAUCAAAACAUUGUCCCAGGAGGAGGAAUGGAAAGACUGUUUUGGUUUGUUCAGGUGACAGAUAUCCAUGUUAGUCGAUACAGAAGCUUUGAUAGAGCACCAGACUUGAGGAAGUUUUGUGAUACACAUUUGACUGUAAUCAAACCAAGACUAGUUUUAGCUAGUGGUGAUCUGACAGAUGCAAAGUUUUAUGAUUUGAAAAGGUCCAAGCAAUUUGUAGAUGAGUGGCAAACAUACCAUGACACUGUCAAACAUUGUCAGGAAAUUGUUAAAACAUGGCUUGACUUGCGAGGCAACCAUGAUUCUUUUGACACACCUGAUUUAGAUCAUAGAGACAAUUUAUUUAGAAAGUAUUCAUCACAGGGAAUGGACCAUGGAAGUUCUUAUGUAUAUCACCAUGAAGAGAAGUUUGGCAAAUAUUCUUUCGUUGCUGUAGAUGCUAGUCCAAAUCCAGGGCCAAAACGUCCUUUUAAUUUCUUUGGAUAUAUAAAAUCUGAUGGAGAGAAGGUUAUUGAAAGUUAUUUGAAUGAAAGUCGUACAAGCAACAUGACAAUAGCAUUUGGACAUUAUCCAAGUUCUUUGGUGGCAACACAGACUGGUAAUAACAUCAGAUAUAUUCUAAGAAAUGUAACAGCAUAUUUAUGCGGACAUUUACAUACACUGGCUGGACUGGUACCUAACAUGUAUGCAAGACACAAGACUGGAAUGCUGGAGCUUGAACUUGGAGACUGGAGAGAUGCAAGAAUAUAUCGAGUAUUGGCAGUGGACCAUGAUAUGUUGUCGAUUGUUGAUGCUGUCAAGGACAGAUGGCCUGUUGUCAUGGUAACCAAUCCUAAAGAAGCUUCACUGAUAGCACCACUUCAUGAGCCCUUAUAUCUGAUAGAAAAAUCUACACAUAUAAGAAUACUGGUGUUUACUAAUGGUAAUGUAAACAAUAUUGAGGUAUAUGUAGAUAGUAAACAUCAGGGUAAAGCUAAACAUGUUGAAGGUCCACUGUAUGUGUUACCAUGGCAACCGUCACUCCUGUCUGGAGGUGUACACUCUAUCAGAGUUGUUGUUCAGGAUUCUGUGAAUGGUCGUCAUGUUACAGAACAGACAUUUUCUCUAGAUGGGACCAGUCCAUUACUUCCAUUCAAAGGGAGAUUUAUACUGAUGAUGGAUAUUGCUACACUAGUUCAUGUGGUUUUCUACUUUGUUGUGACUGUGUAUGUGUUUGUAAUGGUAUUGUUAAGAAAGUGCAAUAAUAUUAGAUCUCAUCUGUUUACACUCCAUGGAGGAAUAUUCAAUAGUUUGUUGAAGUUAUACAACAGCUGGCUACACAGAAUGUGGUUGGUUACCAAGACAACCAAGCUGUUCUACAGUCUUAUAGGGGCAAUGUUAUAUGUUGCAUUUGGACCAUGGCUGGUUGGUGAGAUAUUAGAAGGUCAUAUUGGUGUUGUGUUUGUUUGGGGAAUGUAUGUCAAUGGCAGCUAUCUUCCUGUCUGUCUAACUUAUUUCUAUGGAUUAUUCCAGGUGAUUACAUUCAACAUUCCGCUGACACUGUACUUAGGCUACCAGCUUCAAUACUCACAAGGAGGUCACAGGAGAAAAAGUUUAUGUCAUAGAGCAAGACAUAUUUACUUCCCUUUUAUAGCUCUCCUCGUUUUCCAAACUUACAUAGCGCUAUCUGAGUUUCCUGCGGCGUAUGGUAUAAGAGCUUUAGUUCUAGGGCCAGUCAGGACAGGAUCUGUGAUACUGGCUGUUGUACUGUUCUCUGUUUCUAGAAAAACCAAUGUAAAUUCACUUACUGGUAUUUGCACUCAUAAUAAUUGAAUAUUGUCUGUGAUAACUCUUUAUUAGUACAAUGUUUUUCUGUGAGUUAUAUUGAAAUAUUAGAGUGAAACGUAUUGCUUUAGUGAUUUACAGUGAAAGAUUUCAAAUACUGUGAAAUCAUUAAUAUUCGUUGGGGACUAAUUUUCGUGGAUUUCGUGGUUGAGUCAAUCCACUAAAUUUAAUCCCAAUAAACAAGAAAAAUUCCCAGUCAUUUUUAUGUUCAAAAGUUGAAAUCCACGAAUUCAUAUCCCCACGAAAUUGCCGUUUUGACCAAAACCACGAAAUUUCAUGCCCACAAAAUUAUAGUAUAUUUAUUUUACUUAUACAGAACUAUAAAAUGGUUAAAAUUAGGUAAAAACCAUUGAAAAGAUGUAACAUAAAUUGAAAAUGUAUUUGCUUUGCAUGUGAAAUCAAAAUAUCUUCCUUCAGAUGAACACCAUAUAUGAAAUAUUUUUAUGAGUGGAAUCAAAUAAAUAUCUACAGUAUGACUGUAUGAACAGGUCACAUAAAAAUUCAAGCAUCAAAAUUUAUGUUAUGUAAUUAUUCAAAAUGACAUCAACGGAUAUUUAAUCUUUGAAAAACAAGUUCACCCACUCACAUGUACAGAAAAAAAAUGGAGAUCUUUUUUAUGUGUAUCUCAUCAGUAGUAAACAAAAUGAUCAGUAAACAGGUUUUAACAUUAUAUAUAAUAUUACCAAAUGAGCCGUGCCAUGAGAAAACCAACAUAGUGGGUUUGCGACCAGCAUGGAUCCAGACCAGCCUGCGCAUCUGCGCAGUCUGGUCAGGAUCCAUGCUGUUCGCUUUCAAAGUCUAUUGCCAUUAGAGAAACUGUUAGCGAACAGCAUGGAUCCUGACCAGACUGCGCGGAUGCGCAGGCUGGUCUGGAUCCAUGCUGGUCGCAAACCCAUUAUGUUGGUUUUCUCAUGGCACGGCUCAAAUCUGUUAAAAAUAUGGCCAUCUGCCAGGGUUUGGGCAUUAUCAGAUUUUGAAGCAGCUCACUUGUACUUGAAAAAUCUGGAUACUCUAGUCAUACCCUUUCCAGAUUCUUUCAGAACACAUUGUUAAGUAGAAUCAGUAGUUAGAUGUUAUAAUUUUAAGAAAUGAUUACUUCCUAUAGAUAGACUUGUCACCAAAGAAGUAUAAAUGUAUACUGUUUGGAAAAAUGUCGCUAUCGGAGAAUGUCAAGAAUGUGGCCGAAUGGUUAGAGUAGUUGACUUUGAAUGAAUCAUUUUCCCAUCACUUGUUGUUUACAAAAGAAAACCCAAAAAACAUUCAGAUUUGUCAGUCUGCCAGCAUAACUGAAUCUCUGUCUCGAGAUUUCUCGAAAAAUGUAUCCUAAAGUAAUAAAUAACUUAUGAAAAUAUUUGUUUGGAAAGAUGAAGUGCACUUGAAUAUUUAAGUUGAAUUUCAUCAGUGAGAGCAGAAUGAUUUACUUUGGCAAAAUGGGCUGAUGAAAUUCUGCAUUGUAUUUAACAUAGGCGGUAUACAUUCAAAAGAUGUGAACUUUUACAGGAUUAAAGUAGUGUACUUGCAGAUUUGACUUUGAAUUCAAUCAGUAAGAGCAGAAUCCUUGCUGUUGCUUUUGACAAAAUGGCAUGUUUAGGUAUAAAAUAUGUUGUGUAGUAGAAUAGUUUUAUGUCCCCCCUCCCUCCUUCAACAACCCUGCCUGUACCCCCUCCCACCCUCCAAAGAAGGAUAUUGUAUUGUUUCGCUCAUUGUCAGUCUGUCCUUCCAUUAGAAAAAACGUUUAGUUUCCAAUCAAUAACUAGAGAGUGUUUGGUUUCACAAAGGUAGCAUGUCUUUGGACAGUAGAUGAUCUGUAAUAUUUUGGGGUUUAGUAGGCCAAAGGUCAAGGUCACAGUGACAUCUAGACUGAAAAAGUUUUCUGCUUAGUGACUGAAGUACCUGUUGGCCUAUACACUCAUAGACAUUUAUAAUCGGUCACCUAUAAUUUUCAUAUAUUUCUCUCAGAAUAUGCUGAAAAUAAAACUAAAGUAUACAAUCAAUUUAUUCAAUAUCUUAAUAACAAUAUGGGCUGUUUUAUUUCAUUAGAACAUUUGAGUCUUGGUAACAACUACAGUUUGAAUAACAACACCCACACUUUUGAAAGUCACACUUUCUCUUUGUCAAAUUAAUAUCAUUUAGGAGUUGCUCAAAAGAAGAAUUCAGCAUUUGCCACAGCAAUUGAGUCUACAUGAUCUUGAAAAUGACGCCAUUAACAAGUGGCAGAAUAUCGCACAAGGCGUCAUUCAGAGAUAUAUCAUUUCGAUGCGUAGCCGUUUUUAGGCAGUUAUUAAUGCGAGUAGCGGGCAUAUGAUAUAUUGAUUGGAAGUGUGACUUUGGAAAGUGUGGGUGUUGUUAUUCAAACUGUUGUUGUUACCAAAUCUCAAAUGUUCUAAUGAAAUGAAACUGCCGAUAUUGUUAUUAAGAUAUUGAAUAAAUUCAUGGUAUACAUUAUUGUUUUAUUUUCAGGGUAUUCCUAAAGAAAUAUAUGAAAAUUAUAGGUGACUGAUUAUAAAUGUCUAUGAGUGUAGCUAAACUUCAUAGGAUGAUUGCCAUUGGUCAGUAGAUAACUCUUACUGUUUUAUGGUUGCAAUGUCCACGCAUCUGAAAAUUGUUUCUGCUCAUUAACUUAGAAUACUUUGGCAUACAGUCCUCAAACUUUAUAGGAUGAUUACCUGUGGUUUAUAGAUGAGGCCUAUUAUUUUGGUGGUCAGUAGGUCAAAGGUCAAGAUCACAAUGACCUCAAGACUGAAAGUGGUUUCUACUCGGUAAUUUAAGAACCCUUUGGCCUAUUCCUUCAAACUUCAUAGGCCUGUGGCUAGUAGAUGACCUGCAUUAUUUUGGGAUCAGUAGGUCAAAUGUCAAGGUCAUGGUGGUUUCCACUUAAUAACUAAAUAAUACUUUAGCCUGAAGUCCACAAUCUUCAUAGGAUGGUUGCUUGUGGUCAGUAGUUGACCCCUAUCAUAUUUGACUCAAAGGUCAAGGCCAUAAUGAUCUCUGAACUGAAAAUGGCACAGGCCAUCAUGGCAGUCAUAGGUGUUUUACAAGUAGCUCUUGUCCAAGUGUAACAAAGUACUCCAUGGUGUUUGUAAGUAAGUAUUUGUGAGUUUCAGUCAGUAUUUUCUUUAUAUUUACCAGGAAAUGCAAAAAUUCAGAGUCAAUAAAAAUGGCUGAAACUCACAAAUGAUCUGUAUCAUUCGUACAAUAAGCAAGACCAUUUCAGCUUAUGAUUUUUAAGGACAAAUGUAAUUUCAGCAGAUUCCAUGCAUUUAAUCUGAACAUUUAAACAUUGAAAAAUAUGUAUUAUGUGAAAUAUGUACAUGUGUAGAUUUUUACAGACUGUACUUAUUUAUGCUGCACAGUGGUAUUGUUUGGAAGUAUUUCAUGAAAGUAGUAAAAAUAUGUAGUACUACAUGUAUAAGAAAUAUGAAAAAUAUCCUGCUCGCCACAUGAAAAUGUAUUGGUCUGACAAAAGUCAAAAUUUGGGAGUGGGGGUGGGGGGUGGGGGGGAUUGAUUUGCUCCAUGUUUUUUUUUGAAAAUUUUCAAAGGGACUAAUUUGGAGUGGCCAUAUUUUUUUACUUGAAAUAAAAAAGUUGGACAUAAUGAUUUUGAACUAUUUGAAAAAGGGUUUUAAAAAUACAAUGAUAAUUUAAUUUUUUAUGUGUAUAUGCUUAUACCAAAGGUCACUUUAACAUUUCAAAAUCAUCCUAUGUAGAAAGUUGAUUUUAUUUGUCAUUUUCAUUUUAAAAUGCCCCAGUUGUUUUCAUCCUUUUUAGAGAAUUAUUAGGGGACACCUUAUCUCAGUAAGUUUUAACCAAAGGUCAGUUUUAUGAAGUGUACUUUUUUCACACAUUUUUAAUGGACUUGCCCAAAGAAAUAUGAAUAUUUUUUUACAUACCACAAAACAAUUUGCUUUGUCAUAUUCGGUAUUUCUCCAGUGCUUUAUUGUUUUACUGGGUUAAGAUUUAUGAGGUGGAACAUUGUUUAUUUCUCUUAUUAAAGUUCAAAUAUUUAUUAAUUUUAUCAUUUCAUCAGUUUUAUUACCUGGAUGAAACACACACUGUAAAAUAUUGUUUUAAUCAAUAGUUUGAUUUAUACGGGAUCAAUAGGAGUUUGAACUUCCUUAGAUCUUAGUCCCUGCCUUUGAUGUUUUUUCUGUUACAAGAAAUUACUUCAUUAGGGGUUAAAAACAUUUCAGACAAGAUCACACCUUAAGGUUGAUGUAAUAGAUUUUUUUAAUUAGAAAGUAGUUUCAUUUAAGAUAGUAGAAACUGAGAGAUUUGGCUUCUAAGGGCAGUAAUUACCGAUAUUAUUUAAAAAGUACUUUUGUAAGUUUUUAAAUACAAAGAAAAGUUCUACUGUGUUAGUCACACAGUAAAAACUGCUGUAAAAUAGAACCAAGUUAUUUUUAUUUAAUGUUACACUUGUAAUAUAUAAAAUAUGUUGACUUAAGAUUAUGCUUAUAUAUUUAUGUCAUCUUUGUUUAUUGAUUGAUAAUGUGAUGCCUGUAUGCAUGGAGGUAUACCCCUUUAAGAAUAUUUGUUUGGUAUUUAUUGACAGCAGAGCAACCUUUGUAUAACAUUUACAAAGCAGAUCUGUGUAGAGUGUAUGUAACAUUUUAGUCAAGAUUGUUUUGUUGAUAUUAACUGAGUAUUAAUUAAGCCAGAAAAUUGUCAAUCACAGCGAUUUGUUACCUCAUUGGUUAGAUUUAAUUAUUUGUUUGUGUAUACAGCUUUUAAAUGUGCCAAUUUGUACUGAAGAAGGAAAAGAACUGAAGUGAAGA